ACCAGCAACCCCGACGACCGUCAGUACCUCCUUGCUCGCUGUGCUUGACCAUCCCUAGCUCAAUUCUGUCCAGUCUUCAAGAUGCCACACUCCUUCGGUUACCGGGCGCGUACGCGCGACAUGUUCAAGCGGGGGUUCAAGGAGCAUGGCCCCAUCAAGCUGUCCACCUACCUCACCAACUACCGCAUUGGUGACAUCGUCGACAUCAAGGCAAAUGCCGCGCAGCAAAAGGGCAUGCCCCACAAGUACUACCACGGUCGCACUGGUAUCAUCUACAACGUGACCCCUAAUGCUGUCGGCAUAAUCAUCAACAAGGUCGUCGGCAACCGCUACAUUGAGAAGCGAGUCAACAUCCGGGUCGAGCACAUCAGGCACUCAAAGUGCAGGCAGGAGUUCCUUGACCGUGUCAAGCGAAACCAUGAUGCGCAUGCAGCGGCGAAGGAGAAGGGCGAGCGUGUCAACCUGAAGCGUCAGCACGUCCUCCCCCGUGGCGCCUACACCAUUUCGACCAAGGAUAACGCACCGCAGACGAUGACGCCCGUGCCAUACGAGACCACUAUCUAAAAUGCCCCUUCUCUCCCUUUUUGUCGUCGCAUUUAUCACGAGGUUCAUGCAUGUUGUCUCUCAUGUUCUAUGUAUGCCCAUGCGCCACCAAUACGCAUAACAUGGAAACACUGUAUACUAUGCGCCGU